UUUCAAGAGCAGGUGGAGGACUUUACUCGGCUUUGUCGCCUUUGUAUGGAUCGGCGAUGCGUGGAGAUUCUUCAAACAAACGUGCUGGAUCAGCAUCAGUCUCUCCACAAACGCGGAUGGCUGUUGAAGUAGAACGAAGUGCAUCUUCAUCAAAACAGAACAAUAAAAGUCUUGAUGCCUCUUCGAUGUCUACUUCUCCUUCGAAGAUAGUACUAGGUGAACUACAAUCAGGCAGUGCCAGAGCAGGAGCAAAUAACUACAAGAGAAGUAGAAGGUAUCUCAGCCUAGUCGGAGACCGAGAUACGAAGAACAACACCACCAAUCUCCUUGACGAAAUGCUCAAUGAGGCAACAAAUCCUCCACCUCCAUCACGGGGUAUCGCAGGUGCGGCUGGGCGCACCUUGCCAUCGAAGAGGCACCUGCGUCUAACACCACCCUUCAUGGAAGUGGUGGAUCUCUACUCGACUUCCACAGUUACGGCACAGUCGAUAAAUCAUCAUUUUAGUCUGUCAUUUCCUCAAAUAAUCAUGUCGUCUCGGUCUCGUCAGUAGUCGUAAAUUUAAGUUACAGGUACUACUUACUUACUUCCAGAAGCGCAAGCCUCGUCCUUGUUCUCUAAUACAACAACCUCAUCUAGCAAGCAGGUACCGUCUUGUUCUACCUUGUCUGACACGUCGAAACCGACAACGACUGCGCCAACCGAUCAUGGAGCACUUUUGGCAGCGGUUGUGGACGACGCCCACGACCUGAGAAACAACUUCUUAGCGACUGGUGGG